AUUUCAGAGUGUAUUUUUGAUCGAUAAGUACGCAGUCACACUGAAUAGAAGUAAAAAAAAGUAAAAACUUGAAAAUCAUUGAAAAUUAAAAACGAAAAUGGCCGCGCCUAUGGAAAAGGAUGACCUGGUGAAGCUAAAGAGCUUCAUCGAGUUUGUGGACUCGAAUCCCACGGUUUUGAAUGUGCCGCAACUUAAAUUUGUCAAGGAUUUUAUUGAGAAGUUUGGCGGCCAGGUUCCGGCAGGCGACUUCAAGAUGCCAGACGCCGCUGCAGGCGGAAAAUGCCCGUUCGGCGGCGAUGCCGGUCCCAAAUCGAAAUCGGCCGGUGCUGGUGUCUCGACCCCAGACUCCGAGGGAGUCAGCAUCGAUUCGGAUGCCAGCGAGGAUGACGACUCUUUGUCGGAGUCCGAGUCCGAUGUUGAGCUGGAUAUGGAAGGCGUCAUCGAGCCCGACCUUGAUCCAGCCCAGCCCAUGGGUGACUCUUCGAAGGAGCCCACCGAAGAGGAGAUGGACCAGGCCGGCGACGUGCGCGGUGAGGCGGCCAAGGCCUAUGGCGAGCAAAAGUUCGAGGAGGCCGUUGGCCUCUACACCAAGGCCAUUGAACUGAAUCCAGGCAAUGCCCUCUACUAUGCCAAGCGUGGCCAGGCCUUCCUCAAGAUGAAGAAGCCCAAUGCUUGCAUCCGUGAUUGCGAUAAGGCCCUCGAACUUAACUGCGACUCGGCAGCCGGCUACAAGUUCCGCGGACGAGCACACCGCCUGCUGGGCCAGUUCGAGGAGGCCGCCAAGGAUCUGCGCCAGGCCUGCAAGUUAGACUUUGACGAGGAGACCGACGAGUGGCUGCGCGAGGUGACUCCCAAUGCCAAAAAGAUCGAGCAGCACCGUGUCAAGCAGGAGCGCAAACAGGCCGAGCGUAAGGUCAAGGAUCGUCUACGUGCUCAGAAUAAGGCACGCAAAGAGCAGGAAAAACAAAAGGCUUCGGCCAGCUCGACAGGCGGCGGCUUUCCAGGAGGAGCUGGUGGUGGUUUCCCCGGUGGCUUCCCCGGUGGUUUCCCAGACAUGGGCGGUGCUGGCGGCAUUCCCAACGGCGCUUCAAUAGCGGAGAUGCUGGGACUGAUGAAGGAUCCUGAGAUGGCAGCCGCCAUUCGGGAUAUCUUAGCCAAUCCGGCCAACAUUUCCAAGUAUGCCUCCAAUCCGAAGAUCUUCAACUUGAUGAAGCAGUUCUUCCCGAGUGGAGACCCAACUGGAGCUGGCUUCGGUGGCGCUGGAGCUGGAGCCGGACUAUUUGGCCAGGAAAAUGACGAGAAAGAGAAGGCCAGUGAUAACAGCGAGCCGAAGGCCCCCAAGAAGGAAUCGGCGGACUUUGUCGACGAUGGUCUCGACUAAGGGUCAAAGUCAGUUUUGGAGCAGCGACAGCGGCAAAAACAAACAAAUUUUGAAAAAAAAAAACAAGUUAAGCACACACACACACACUCACACACACAUAAAAUCACACACACUAGAACACCUCACACACACGAGACAGAGCAGGAUGGCCACAUACGAGCUAUACCUCUGCCACUGCCCCUGCUGCUGGCGCUUCGUAGCAGCUCGCUCGGAGCUGAAUUUUUGUUUGUUUAUAAAAGCUUUCCUUAUGCCAUACUGCCAAACUGUCGAUCGAUAUAGUUGAACUAAUGCUCGAUAGAUAGGAAGCGAAGCCCAAAACGAAAGCAAUUACAUAUAAUACAAAUUUAGCCUUAAUUAUUGCUCCCACACACACACACACACACACACACACAACCACAACAGCCGGGCAGCACAAGGUGAAAAUGAACAAAGAAACAACAACAAAAGGAUGUAGAUUUGUUAAACAAAAUUGUACUGAGAAUAGGAUUUGAUUAAUAAUUUUACUAAGCAAAUAUGCAUUUAGCAAACAAGCCAUCACCAGCACGCACCCAACCCACAUCGGACUGCGUUCACAGUCAGCCACUCAUACAUACACAUUCGACACAUCAUAAACAUACAUUCAUGCAUACAUAUGCACAUGCGUUUAAUCGCAUGUCAAACAUUCAUCAGAAUCAGCGAGAGAUCAAUGGAAAUAAAACAUUUGAGAACCCAGAAAGAAA